UCCGUGACUGUUGCUCAUCAGAACCGGAAAUCAGGUGAAGACAGACGGUGACCCGACAGCAGGGUCCGACCCAGAGCUCUCAGACAUGGUCUUCGAGUCUCUUGUUAGCGACCUGCUCAACAGGUUCAUCGGAGACUACGUGGAGAACCUGGACAAGUCCCAGCUGAAGAUCGGGAUCUGGGGAGGAAAUGUUGUUCUGGAGAACCUGAGAGUGAAGGAGAACGCUCUGAGUGAGUUUGAUGUUCCGUUCAAAGUGAAGGCCGGACAGAUCGGAAAGCUGACGUUGAAGAUUCCGUGGAAGAAUCUCUAUAACGAUGCGGUCGUCGCCACGUUGGACGGUCUGUACCUACUGGUCGUCCCUGGAGCCACUGGAUCUCAUCUGAAAUCGUGUCCAUAUAACGGUAAGAUGACCACGUCCACAGGUGGUGGUUCAUCUUCAGCUGCGUCUGUGUGUCUCUGUGUGUGUCUGUGUCUCUGUGUGUCUGUGUGUCUCUGUGUGUGUCUCUGUGUGUGUUUGUGUCUCUGUGUGUCUCUGUGUGUGUCUGUGUGUGUAACAAGCAGACGGGGGAGAGGGGGCUGUAAGCACUGUGUGGAUAGUGUGUCAGCCUGUAGCAGUGCAGAGUCCAUGAAUGGAUGGAUGGAUGAACAUAUUAACGUGUUGUUUGUACUGUUCAUGCUGCGUUUGCUGUCAGCGUCUCAAACUGGAGAUCUGCUGUUCAGCCUGGAGAGUGUUGUUUACAAGGAGCCUCAAUGUGUCCCAAAAGGAUCCAAAAAACACAAAAAGACCAGAAAAGGUCUGAAGAAGCUGAAACGACACAACAACAAGACAGAAAAACCUCUGGAGGAGAAAAAGGACACGUUUGUGGAGAAACUGGCGACUCAGGUGAUCAAAAACCUGCAGGUGAAGAUCAGCAGCAUCCACCUGCGCUACGAGGACGACCUGUUAGACCCACAACGCCCCCUGUCCAUGGGAGUUACACUGUCCGAGCUCAGCCUGCAGCUGGGCCGUCUGGAGUGUCUCUGCGCCUACUGGAACGUCAACAGUCCCAUCUUUUACAAAGGAUCAUGGGACGACAUCGUGUACCUGACCAUGGUGGAGCUGCUGGAGUCUGUGGACUGCAUGGUGAAGAACGCCCCCUACAGGAAGUUCAGGCCGGAGGUCUCCGUCCGUCACAACACCAAACUCUGGUGUACAGGUGGUGAGACAGGUGCUGUUGACGUCUCAUGUCCUCUGCAGUACCUGACCAUGGUGGAGCUGCUGGAGUCUGUGGACUGCAUGGUGAAGAACGCCCCCUACAGGAAGUUCAGGCCGGAGGUCUCCGUCCGUCACAACACCAAACUCUGGUGGAUGUACGCCGUCAACAGCAUCCUGGAGGUCCAUGUCAGACGUGUCAGUCACAUGUGGUCCUGGGCCAACAUCAAACGGCACCGAGACAACCUGAAGGCCUACAGGACGGCCUACAAGACCAAACUGCUGAGUCCGAGCAAACUGAGUCCAGACACUGAGAGACACAUCCAGGAUCUGGAGAAAGUUUUGGACGUCUUUAACAUCACGUUGGCUCGACAGCAGGCGCACAUGGAGGUGAUCAGGUCGGGACAGAAAGUGGUGGGGAAGAAGGCGGCAGGUGGGCAGAAGCAGGGAGGAGGAGGAGGAGGUUUCUUCAGCAGCUUCUUUGGUAGAAAGGCGAAGAAGGAGGAGCAGGAGCCAGAGGAGGACAAGGAGAAGGAGAGUUCAGAGUUGGAUGAGAUCAUGACGCCCGAGGAGAAAGAAAAACUCUACACUGCCAUCGGCUACAGCGGCAGCUCUCACAACCUGGCGCUACCCAAACAGUACGUGGCGGUUAUCGUCACCUUCCAGCUGUUCAGAACCUCGGUGACGAUCAGAGAGCAGCCAGGCGUUCCAGAGAUCCUCAAAGUCCAGAUGAUCGACCUCAGCACCAAGAUAUCUCAGAGACCCGGCGCCCAGGCCUUCAGGGUGGAGGCGGCGCUGGAGCAUUGGUAUGUGACCGGUUUACAGCAGCAGGGGGCGGUACCUUCGCUCAUCGCCUCGGUGGGGGACUCCUCUUCCUCUCUGCUCAGUGUGGUGUUUGAGAUAAACCCAGAGGAGAGCGCCUCCGACCAGCUGCUGCGAGUCCACUCUCAGCCCGUCGAGAUCAUCUACGACGCGGUGACGGUGAACAGUAUGGCUGACUUCUUUAAGACGGGGAAAGGUGUCGACCUGGAGAUCCUGACCUCGGCCACGCUCUCCAAACUGGAGGAGAUCAAAGAGAAGACGGCCACAGGUUUAUCUCACAUCAUUGAGACCAGAAAAGUCCUGGACCUGAGGAUCGACCUGAAGCCAUCCUACCUGCUGGUUCCAAAGUCUGGUUUCUACAGCAACUCAUCAGACCUCAUCAUCGUGGACUUUGGCAGUUUACAGUUGAACAGCAUCGAGCAGAGCGGGAUCAGCUCAUCUUUGUCCUCCUUCUCCUCUCUGGAGGAGAUCAUGGAUCGAGCCUAUGAGAGAUACAACGUGGAGUUACGACGAGUCCAGGUGCUCUACAGCAAGUCAGGUGAGGCCUGGAAGUCGGCUCGUCUGCAGGGUUCAUCAGUGCAACACAUCCUCCAGCCGAUGGACUUCACCGUCCAGCUGGCCAAGUGUAUGGUGGAGAAGGACGCCAGGAUGCCCAGGUUUAAGGUGUCAGGGGAGCUGCCGCUGCUGCACGUCAAGAUCUCAGACCAGAAGAUCCACAACGUUCUGGAUCUGAUUGACAGCAUCCCGCUGCCCAACAUGGACUCCUCUCCCUCCACCCCCACACAGAAGGUGCUGUCCUUGGCGGAGGCCAGACCACGAGUGCUCAACCUUCAUCCUGCGCUUCUUGACACCAUGGAAACAGAUUCUGAUGAAGAUGCCAGUGAGAGGUCGACUGAUGAAGAUCCUCAGCGCUCAGCUGUGGAUGAACUCACAGACCUUCACUUUAAGUUUGAAGUUAAAGAGGUGCUGUUGGAGCUGACUCGGCAGGUGGACCAGGAGAAGACCGUCCUGUGUCUCAGUGUCUGUCAGCUGGGAGCUGAAGGGAAGAGGCGGAGCUUCGACCUAAACGUUACCUCUUACCUGCGCAGAGUCACACUCGACUACUGUGACGUUCCAGAUGGCAGGAAUCGUCCUCUCCACCUGAUUAGCUCCUCAGAGCAGCAGAGCUCUGACUUGCUCAAGGUGGAGUUCAUCAAGGCCGACCCCGGUGGUCCCAGCUUCCAGACUCUGUUCAACAACACAGAACAAACACUGAAGGUGGAGUUUUCUUCUCUGGACUUCCUUCUUCACACCAAAGCUCUGCUGUCAACCAUCAACUACCUGAACAGCGCCGUGCCGCCGCAGCUCACUACAGGCCGAGACAGAGACAUUAAGAAGCAGGUGGAGAAGGCCGGACAGAGCCGGACAGUGUCUAAAGGGGCCAAAGAUGGCGGCGUGUUCAGCUUCAAACUGUUCGCCAUGUUGGGUUGUUUCCACGUGGAGGUGUGUGACGAUUGCUGCAGCAUCGCCGACAUCAGAGUCCAAGGAAUCGAUGCGUCCGUGUUAGUGCAGGUGAAGGAGACGCAGGUGUUUGCUCGACUGCGAGACAUCGUGGUCACUGACGUCAACCCCCGAACCAUCCACAGGAAGGCUGUGUCCAUUGUGGGUGAGGAAGUGUUCAGCUUCAAACUCUCCUUGUUUCCGGGGGCGACGGAGGGGGAGGGUUACAGCGACAUGUCGAAGGUGGACGGGAAGGUCACGAUGCGUCUGGGCUGCAUCCAGAUCAUCUACCUGCACAAGUUCCUCAUGUCGCUGCUGGCUUCUUUUAGCUUUCAGUAUUCGUCUGCUGAUGAGAUGUUCAUCGAUAACUUCCAGACGGCUAAAGAAGCUCUGAGCGCCGCCACGGCUCAGGCAGCGGAGAAGGCGGCAUCCAGCGUCCGAGGCUUCGCCCAGAAGAGUUUCCGUCUGUCCAUGGACAUCAAGCUGAAGGCUCCGCUCAUCAUCAUCCCCCAGUCCUCCACCUCCGAGAACGCUGUGAUGGUGGACCUGGGUCUGAUCACAGUGGGGAACAGCUUCUCUCUGCUGCCAGUGGAAGGGUUCUCUCUCCCUGCCGUCAUGGAGAAGAUGGACGUCUGUCUGACUCAGCUGAAGUUGUCCAGAACCACACUGAAGCAAGAUGCCUCUCAGCCCGACAUCGAGAUCCUCCAGCCGAUCAACUUGGAGCUGCUGGUCACCAGGAACUUGGCUGCUUCCUGGUUCACCAAGAUCCCUGGAGUCCAGGUCCAGGGAGUCCUGCGGUCCCUCGAUAUGAGUCUGGGAAAGGAAGAUCUCGGUGUGCUGAUGAAGAUCCUGGUGGAGAACAUCGGGGAGGGGAGUAAAGAACACAGCAUGGACGUCAGACGACAGGUGGUCCAAGAAAAGGUAGAGUUAGCUGAGCAGCAGGUGGAGGUGGUGACAUCGCGGAUGGGAUCUUACAGUGUGUUGGCUGCUACCAACGGGGCUCAGACUGAGAACACCAUCAACGUUCUCCUGAACUUUGAAAUCAAAGAGGUGCUGCUGACCCUGAAGAAACCCAGAGAACAAGUGGAGGAACCGUUCCUGGUCUUUCAUGUGGCUCAGCUGGGCAUCAGCACCAAAGUCAGGAAGUAUGACAUGUGUGCCACAACCUUCAUCAACAAGAUCACCAUGAGGUGCCUCGAGUUCAAAGAUUCGAGUGGGGAGCCGCUGUGUCUCAUCAGCUCUUCAGUAGAAUCUGGAGCCGAACUGCUCAAAGUGCAGUACUUCAAGGCUGACAGGGCGGGGCCUAACUUCUCCACUGUUUAUAAAAACACCGAGCAGAUGAUCAACGUGACAUUCACCUCUCUGGACCUCAUGCUCCACACCGAGGCUCUGCUGUCCGCCAUGGACUUCCUGUCAGCGGCACUGUCAUCUGGCACCAUGGCGUCUCCAGAGAGAGAUCUCAGACCAAAGACAGAGGACAAGACGGUGUCCACCAAGUCCACUGCCUUAGUGUCACCUGCUGACAGUGACAUCAUUGAUCUGAAGGUGAUGAUGACGCUGGGAGCCUUCAACGUCCUCGUGUGCGACCAGAGCUCCAACAUGGCCGAUAUCAAGAUCCAAGGUAUUAACGGCUCUCUGCUGAUGCAAGGACCACAGACUCACAUAUCAGCCCGCCUGAGGGAUUUCAUCGUCCUCAACGUUGACCCCAAAAGUGUCCACAAGAAGGCGAUUUCUAUCAUGGGUGAUGAGGUGUUUAGCUUCACCAUGAGUCUGACUCCUAACGCCACGGAGGGCGCCAGUUACGCCGACACCUCCAAAACUGAUGGUAGAGUGAAGCUGAAUGUGGGCUGCAUCCAGGUGGUUUACCUGCACAAAUUCAUCAUGUCUCUGCUGAACUUCACCAACAACUUCCAGACGGCUAAAGAAGCUCUGAGUGCUGCCACGGCUCAGGCGGCGGAGAAGGCGGCAUCCAGUGUUCGAGACUUCGCCCAGAAGAGUUUCCGUCUGUCCAUGGACAUCAAGCUGAAGGCUCCGCUCAUCAUCAUCCCCCAGUCCUCCACCUCCCAUGAUGCACUUGUGAUGGACCUGGGUCUGAUCACAGUGGGAAAUAGCUUCUCUCUGCUGCCCGUUGAUGGAUGUCCACUGCCGGUCGUCAUCGACAACAUGGACGUCCAGCUGACACACCUCAAACUCUCCAGGACCUGUAUGGAUCCAGCGACUGGUCGACCCACGAUGGAGCUGCUGGAACCAGUAAACCUGCACCUGAACAUCAAGAGGAACCUGGCAGCUUCCUGGUACAAGAAGAUGGUCGCUGUGGAGAUCGAUGGAGAUCUGAAGCCCAUGAAGGUGGAGCUGAGUCAGGAUGACUUGAAGGUGCUGCUGAGGAUCCUGAUGGAGAACCUUGGAGAGGCUGGCGGUCUGGAGCCCAGCACCCCCAGACAAGAGGCCGGAGUUCAGCUCCGAGCAGCAGGAGGCCCCCCUACAGGUGAUGUCGGGAAAGCAGCUGUAAGCAGCGAUGAAGAGGAGGACAAAGCUCUGGAGACCCUGAAGUUUAAUUUCAGCAUUGAGUCUCUCAGUCUGGUUCUGUACGGCAGUGACUUCAAACAGCCAUCAGACCUGCAGCACCAGGAAAACCUCAGACUGGGAGAGUUUGCCCUCCACCUGUUGAAGGCUUCAGGGCGGAUCUGGACCAAUGGCAGCAUGGAGGUGACCACAGUGCUGGGCGCCUGCACGCUGGACGACCUGAGGACGGGCAUGGAGAGGGUGACGUCACGGAUGGUCGGCCGCAGAGAUGAGGACAGCCCUGAGGCCAUGAUCGAUGUGACGUAUCGACAGAGCGCCGCAGAGCGGGAGGUGGUAGCUGUUCUGCAGAAACUCUACCUCUGUGCCAGCGUGGAGUUUCUGAUGGCCGUGGCAGAUUUCUUUCUGCAGGCUCUGCCGCAGAGUUCAACCACGACCACUGCCGGUGCCACACAGAGUGACAGGCUGCCGCUGAGACAGACCACUGAGCCACGAGCCGACAACAAGACCGGUGAGAACGACAGGUCGAAACCCCUGAGGUCAAAUAAAGUCAAGGAGGCGUCACGUUUUCAGGCGUUCUCAGAGGGCACAGCCUCCACCUUUGACUACUCUCUGAAGGAGAAGGCCCCCUUCACCAUCAGAAACUCUCUGGGGAUUCCACUCAUCGUGCAGCACAGCGCCAACCUUAGGGCGGUGGGUUCGUCAGCGCAGGGAAAACUUCAUGAGCUGUCAGUGGAUCAGAGCAUGGACCUGGAGCACUCCAUGUUCGAACCGUCGUCACGUGGCAAACUGUCGGCUCUGCAGCGCCAGGAGAGCUGCUUGUUCAACCUCACCAUCGUUCCCUCCGGAUACAGCGAGAUCUCCAACAUCGCUGUCGACAAACCUGGUCGUCGUCUUUACAACAUCCGUGGUCCGAUGCUGCAGGAGGCAGUUUCUGUGCUGCUGCAGAUCGAUGCUGCCGAGGGCAACAAGGUCAUCACUGUCCGCUCGCCGCUGCAGAUAAAGAAUCACUUCUCGGUGCCGUUCACCAUCCUGAAGUACUGUCCCACGUCUAGGAGCCUGCAGAGCAUCGGACAGGCUGAACCAGAGACAGAGUUUCACAUCGCCUUGGAAACGUACAGAUGUCAGCUGUUUGUGCGUCCGGCGGGUCCUCUGGAAGGUCAGUACGGCCCUUCAUCCACCUGCGUGGCGUGGAAGGAGCAGGUGCACCGUAGCUCAGAGGUGCAUUCAGUGCUGCAGUGUCCAGCGACCGACAGCAGUCUGCUGCCGCUGAUGGUCAGCACGCUGGCUGUCCCUGACAACCUGCGACACAUUGCAAGUCAUGGAGAGGAGGACUGGGACCCAGCCUACAUCAUCCACCUCCACCCUGUGGCCACGCUACGAAACUUGCUGCCGUACACCGUCCGCCACAUGAUGGAGAGCUCAGCAGACUCCUAUGAGCUUCAGGAAGGCAGCACAUCGGACCUCCUGAAUGCUCGUGUCUCAGGUGAGAUCGUGUCACUGGUGCUGAUGAGGUAUCAGGGCCGCGACUGGCACGGACACAUUCGUAUCGAACAGGAAAUGCCUGAGUUCUUGGCUGUGUGUCUCACCUGUGACUCGGACACCAACAUGACGGUGGAUGUGAGCAUUCACGUGACGAGGACAAGGAGCCGCCUGCUGCUGUCACUCUUCAGCCCAUACUGGAUCAUCAACAAGACUUCUCGAGUGCUGCAGUACAGAGCCGAAGACAUCAGCGUCAAACACCCGGCUGACUUCAGAGACAUCAUCCUGUUCUCCUUCAGGAAGAAGAACCUGUUCAGCAAAAGCAAGCUCCAGCUGUGUGUCUCCACCAGUUCCUGGUCGGAUGCAUUCUCUCUGGACACUGUGGGAAGUUACGGCUGCGUUCGCUGUCCCGCCAACAACAUGGACUUCCUGGUGGGCAUCAGUAUCCAGAUGAGCAGUUUUAACCUGACCAGGAUCGUCACCAUGAGUCCGUUCUACACGCUGGUUAACAAGUCUUCAUAUGAGCUGGAGGUUGGAGAAGUCACCGGUCAGACCUCCACCAAGUGGCACUACAUCUCCUCCACCGAGUGUCUCCCUCUGUGGCCUGAGAAUGGUUCAGGGAAGUUGUGCGUCCGUGUUGUCGGAUCAGAAUCCACCUCUAAGUUCUUCUUCUUUAACCGUCAGGACAACGGCACCCUGCUGAGCCUCGACAUGUGCGGCGGGAUCAUUGUAGACGUCAACAUCUCUGAUCUGUCGACUGUCAUCAGCUUCAGUGAUUAUUAUGAAGGAGCAGCUCCGGCCCUGCUGCUCAACCACACGCCUUGGGUCACCAUCAGCUACAGGCAGCGCGGCUCGCAGGUGGUUCACCAGUUGAAACCCAAUGAGGCUCGGCGGUUUGUGUGGGACGACCCAGCAGGAAACCGAACGCUCAGCUGGAGCUGCAUGGAACACUCUGGAGAGCUGGAUCUGCUGAAGGAUGAGGUGGGUCAGUUCUCCUACGACAGCCUGUCUCAGGUUCACUGGGUUUCCUUCCUGGACGGACGCCAGCGGGUGAUGCUGUUCACCGAGGACGUUGCCGUGGUGACGAAAGCCCGGCAGGCUGAAGAGCUCGAACAGUUCCAACAGGAAGUGAAGGUGUCGCUGCAAAACCUCGGACUGUCACUGAUCAACAACGCCAGCCGCCAAGAGAUCUCUUACAUUGGUAUCACCAGAGUCCGCUCUCUGAGCUCGUCACGUUUCUAUUGUUCCUACAUGUGUGACUGGCGUGGUCUUUCCGUACAGGUGGAUAACCAGUUGCCGGGCGCCAUCUUUCCCAUCGUCUUCCAUCCUGUUCCUCCUCCCAAAUCCAUUGCUCUGGACUCAGUUUUCGCCUCCAAAGAACCAAAGCCGUUUAUCGACGUGUCCAUCAUCACCAGAUUCAACCAGCACAGCAAUGUGAUGCAGUUCAAGUACUUCAUGGCUCUGGUUCAGGAGAUGGCGGUGAAGAUUGAUCAGGGUUUCCUGGGAGCCAUCUUGGCUUUGUUCACACCUGCUACUGACCCUCAGGCCGACAGACAGAAGUCUCAGCUGCUAGAGAGAGAUCUGCAGCUGCUGCAGACGGAGCUGAUGGAGGCGUCGCUCACCGAUACGUCAGGACUCAGCUUCUUCGAACAUUUCCACAUCUCACCCAUCAAGCUCCAUCUCAGUCUGUCUCUGGGCUCCGGUGGCGAGGACUCGGCUCAGGAGCCGGCGGCGAUGCAGUCUCUGAACCUGUUGCUGAAAAGUAUCGGAGCGACGCUGACGGACGUUGACGACCUCAUCUUUAAACUGGCCUUCUUUGAGGUGAAGUACCAGUUUUACCGCAGAGAGAAGCUGAUGUGGGCAGUGGUCCGACACUACACUGAACAGUUCCUGAAGCAGAUGUACGUUCUGGUUCUGGGUCUGGACGUCCUGGGAAACCCAUUUGGACUGAUCCGAGGUCUGUCUGAGGGAGUCGAGGCCUUCUUCUACGAACCUUUCCAGGGAGCUGUUCAGGGUCCCGAGGAGUUUGCUGAAGGUUUUGUGAUCGGAGUCCGCAGCCUGCUGGGUCACACUGUCGGUGGCGCUGCAGGUAUGGUGUCCAGGAUCACGGGCUCAGUGGGUAAAGGUCUGGCUGCCAUCACCAUGGAUAAAGAGUACCAACAGAAACGACGGGAGGAGAUGAACCGACCACCCAAAGACUUUGGAGAGAGUCUGGCUAAAGGAGGGAAAGGGCUGUUGAAGGGAGUCAUGGGCGGAGUCACAGGCAUCGUCACCAAACCUGUGGAGGGGGCAAAGAAGGAGGGAGCGGCAGGGUUCUUUAAGGGCAUCGGGAAAGGUUUGGUGGGCGUGGUGGCGAGGCCAACAGGCGGCAUCGUGGACAUGGCCAGCAGCACCUUCCAGGGCAUCCAGAGAGUGGCGGAGUCAACGGAGGAAGUGACCAAACUGAGGCCGGUGCGUCUGAUCAGGGAGGAUGGGAUCAUCCGACCGUAUGACCUGACGGAGUCGCAAGGUUUCGACCUGUUUCAGCGCUCAGAUAUCAAACAGCUGGAAGGUGAAGUGUUCAGAGAUCACUGUCAGUAUCCUGGACACCGAAAGACCAACAUCAUCGUCACCAACAGGAGGGUCCUGUGUGUGAAAGAGAUCGACUUCGUUGGACACUUUAACAGAGAGUGGGAAUGUUUGUUUGAGAACUUUUAUCGUCCUGCAUCUGUGACGGGAUCUGAGCUGAAGAUCUACUGCAAGGAGCAGCAGAAACUGAAGUUACCAAAGAAAGAUGGUCAGGACUCUGUGAGGAACGUUCAGCUGAGAGACCCAAAGACUGCACAGAAGCUGCACACGGCCAUAUCCGACGCUCAGGUGGCACAGCAGCAGCACCGCAUGGCGAGACAGAAGUCACAGCGCUUCCUCAAACUGAGCAACAAACAAUGAGGUCACUUCCUGUUAAUACCGCUACUUCCUGUCAGCACAGCCACUACCUGUCGGCACAGCCACUUCCUGUUGGUACAACUACUUCCUGUCCACUUCUGAUGAUUCAGCUGCACCUAAACUGUGGGACUGUCCCUUUAAACAGACCAGUAUGACCAUUAAUAGCCCAGUGUGACCAUUAACAGCCCAGUAUGACCACUGACAGCCCAGUGUGACCAUUAACUGCCCAGCAUGACCAUUAACAGACCAGUAUGACCAUUAACUGCCCAGUAUGACCAUUAACAGCCCAGUGUGACCAUUAACUGCCCAGUAUGACAAUUAACAGCCCAGUAUGACCAUUAACUCCCCAGUGUGACCAUUAACUGCCCAGUAUGACCAUUAACAGCCCAGUAUGACCAUUAACAGACCAGUAUGACCAUUAACAGACCAGUAUGACCAGUAAAGUUGAGUCAUGUGACCAUUAUAUGAUUUUGGUGUUCAGAUUGAAAUCAUUUAUAAUUUGAUCAGUUAAUAUUUGCAGCUGAACUCUGUUUGUUUGUUUGUUUGUUUGUUUGUUUGUCUGUCUGUUUGUUUAUAAACUCUGAUGAUUAAUAAUCAUGUAAAAAAAACCUGUUUGUUUCUAAUAAUAAUAAUGAUGAUAAUAAACUUUAAUAUAAACCAGGAAGCAGCAGUGGAUGUCGGCAGUUUUAGAAACAGACACCUGUUCAGGUGUCUUCAGGUGAACCGUCCAAAGAGCUGAUUGGAUGCUGUGAGUUUGAAUGUGAGCAGAGUCAUGAUGCAUUCUGGGUAAAAACCCUCGCUGGAGUCAUGUGAUGUCUAUUUGUUGUUGUUGUUUUAUUUAUAGUGCAGAUUAUUGUGAAACAUCAACAAUGACUUUCUGUCACUGCACGGAAACAUCAAUGAAUGAAUUUAAAUGUGCUGAGGACUUGUUUUUGUUUUAUUUCUUCAGUUUGGGGCUGUGGUUUAUUUUUGGCCCUGCUGUUUGCCUGCAGGCUGUAACGUCAUGUUUGAAGAUGAAGCCAUAAAAUCUUGUUGCACUAAAGGAAUGUUUACAGUAAUCAGUGUGUCGGUGAUGGUGGUGAUGAUGAUGAUGGAUGUUUGUUUGUUGUUCAUCUUCAUAAAAACAAACGUAAUAAAAACAAAUUUUAAUAAACUAUCCCUGACCUUCAUCUCAGGACUAAAUCUAAAAUGGCCGUCUAAUGAACACUGCGCUGGUAUGUGAUGUCAUUUCCUUUUUCUUUCUUUUUUUUCACUUUAAUUUUAAUUGAUUUUCCUCAUUUUACACAUACAUCAACAAACACAGCACACGUGCCAUUAAAGACACACAAAGAAUAUAAAAGAAAGAGUAAUGUCCUGUUGGGAGCUACAUUCUUUUUUUGUCCAUCCAUUCUCACAGUUUCGUCCUUUAUAUCAGUUGUCCUUUCAAUUGUCUGUUGCUAAUGUAAUGAAAAAUGUCCAUUUCA